AUGCUCCAGGUUGGUGUCGCCAGCAAAGAUGAGGCCCUGCUGCAGUUCUGGAGACUGUCCGGGCCUCCCGAGCACCAGCGCGGCCAGUCACACAGCUCUGGCAGCGCUGAUCUUGAACGCUUUUGGGGCCCAGCUGUGACGUGGCAGAUGGUGUUGGCCACAGUGAUCCAGAAAGUUGCUUGGACCACAGCUUUUAAAGCUUUCCGUCUCCGGAGCGCGCCAAGGGCCUCCCAAGGGCCUCCAGAUCCGAGGAACCCAGGUGUCUACCUCUCCAGGCCAAACCUACCCACUGUUUUUAUAACCCCGAUUCUCUGUGUUUUGCUCCCGUCUCCGACGAGAGAGGCGGCGACGGUGGCGUCUGCGACGGGAGACAGCGCGUCGGAGCGAGAAAGCGCCGCGCCUGCCGCCGCCCCAACAGCGGAGGCGCCGCCGCCAUCGGUCGUCACCAGACCGGAGCCGCAGGCCCUCCCGAGCCCGGCCAUCCGUGCCCCGCUCCCAGAUCUCUAUCCGUUUGGGACCAUGCGCGGAGGCGGCUUUGGGGACCGGGACCGGGACCGUGACCGUGGAGGAUUUGGAGCAAGAGGUGGUGGUGGCCUUCCCCCGAAGAAAUUUGGUAAUCCUGGGGAGCGUUUACGUAAAAAGAAGUGGGAUUUGAGUGAGCUCCCCAAGUUUGAGAAGAAUUUUUAUGUAGAGCAUCCAGAAGUGGCAAGGCUGACUCCGUAUGAGGUUGAUGAACUACGCCGAAAGAAAGAAAUUACAGUGAGAGGGGGGGAUGUUUGUCCUAAACCGGUGUUUGCCUUCCAUCAUGCUAACUUCCCACAAUAUGUGAUGGAUGUGUUGAUGGAUCAGCACUUCACAGAGCCAACCCCGAUUCAGUGCCAGGGAUUCCCCUUGGCUCUCAGUGGCCGAGACAUGGUGGGCAUUGCGCAGACAGGGUCUGGGAAGACGUUGGCGUAUUUGCUGCCUGCAAUUGUUCAUAUUAACCACCAGCCAUACUUGGAAAGAGGAGACGGCCCAAUUUGUCUGGUUCUGGCUCCUACCAGAGAGCUUGCCCAGCAAGUGCAGCAGGUGGCUGACGACUACGGCAAAUGUUCUAGAUUGAAGAGUACUUGCAUUUAUGGAGGUGCUCCCAAAGGUCCCCAGAUUCGAGACUUGGAGAGAGGUGUUGAGAUCUGUAUAGCUACUCCUGGACGCCUCAUAGAUUUCCUGGAGUCCGGAAAGACCAAUCUUCGCCGAUGUACUUACCUUGUGCUAGAUGAGGCUGACAGGAUGCUUGAUAUGGGCUUUGAGCCUCAGAUCCGUAAAAUUGUUGACCAAAUCAGGCCUGAUAGGCAGACACUGAUGUGGAGUGCAACCUGGCCAAAAGAAGUAAGACAGCUUGCAGAGGAUUUCCUUCGUGAUUACACCCAGAUCAACGUGGGCAAUCUGGAGUUGAGUGCCAACCACAACAUCCUCCAGAUUGUGGAUGUCUGCAUGGAAAGUGAAAAGGACCACAAGUUGAUCCAACUCAUGGAGGAAAUAAUGGCUGAAAAGGAAAAUAAGACAAUAAUAUUUGUAGAGACAAAGAGACGCUGUGAUGACCUCACUCGAAGGAUGCGCAGAGAUGGUUGGCCAGCUAUGUGUAUCCAUGGAGACAAGAGUCAACCGGAAAGAGAUUGGGUGCUUAAUGAGUUCCGUUCAGGAAAGGCUCCCAUCCUCAUUGCCACAGACGUAGCCUCCCGUGGGCUAGAUGUGGAAGAUGUCAAGUUUGUGAUCAACUAUGACUAUCCAAACAGCUCCGAGGAUUAUGUGCACCGCAUUGGCCGGACGGCCCGCAGCACCAACAAGGGCACCGCCUACACCUUCUUCACCCCAGGGAACCUGAAGCAGGCCCGGGAGCUGAUCAAAGUGCUGGAAGAGGCCAAUCAGGCUAUCAAUCCGAAACUGAUGCAGCUGGUGGACCACAGAGGAGGCGGCGGAGGAGGGGGUAAGGGAGGUCGUUCUCGAUACCGGACCACGUCUUCUGCCAACAAUCCAAAUCUGAUGUAUCAGGAUGAGUGUGACCGGAGGCUUCGAGGAGUCAAGGAUGGUGGCCGGAGAGACUCUGCGAGCUAUCGGGAUCGUAGUGAAACCGAUAGAGCUGGUUAUGCUAACGGCAGUGGCUAUGGAAGUCCAAAUUCUGCCUUUGGAGCACAGGCAGGCCAAUACACCUAUGGUCAAGGCACCUACGGGGCGGCUGCUUAUGGCACCAGUGGCUAUACCGCCCAAGAAUAUGGCGCUGGCACUUACGGGGCUGGUAGCACCACCUCAACCGGGAGAAGUUCACAGAGCUCUAGCCAGCAGUUUAGUGGGAUAGGCCGGUCUGGGCAGCAGCCACAGCCACUGAUGUCACAACAGUUUGCACAGCCUCCAGGAGCUACCAAUAUGAUAGGUUACAUGGGGCAGACUGCCUAUCAAUACCCACCCCCUCCUCCCCCCCCUCCUCCUUCACGUAAAUGAAGCCACUUGAGUGGUAGUGACUUGCGCAGACUUAACUACAUUUAAAGGAACGCUGUCUUUCCCUUUUAUUUCUCUCCCCCUUUUCUUUCUUUUUCUUUUUUAUUUUUCCCCCAACCAUUGUGAUUUGUCUUUCAUGCAGAUUAGUUAGAAUUCACUGCCAGGUUUCUUCUGUCCGCCAAAAUGAUCCAGUCUGAAAUAACAGAUUUUGUAAAAAACCUAUAGAGCCGACUGGAAGAGAUUUUUUUUUCCCUCCAACUUCUUGCAUGUUGAGGAUACUUGAGCUAUUUUUCAUCUUAAAAGAAAAAGUAAGGUAUUAGGCCCUUUGGCGGGAGCCCAUUUUUGUUGUCCUGAAUUGGGGAAUGGGGGAGGGAGGGUAGAGGGUUGAAUUCUGCAGAAGAAGGUGGCAUCUGUGCUUUAGACACGCUCUCGUUACUGGGUUAGAAAACCAAGAGGGGAUUCCCUGCACAUUUUCUGUAAUACUUUUUAAUGUUCCUUGGGCCUGAUGAGUUUUUAAGAUGGUGCAUUGCCAUUGUCAUUUUGGCUGAUUGCUUGUUAAGUGCAUUUGACAGUUAAAAAAAAGUUCCUAAUUAGUUUUGUCUCCCUUAUAUUCUGCCUUGCCCCUUCCCAAUUGCUAAAAAAUAACCAUUUUAGUCAGGUUAGACAUUGAAUUGCUGAGUCUGAGUUUCUUAAGUGUAUCUUUUAAAUUAAAAACCCCAAGUGUUUAUCGAAAUGGUUAAAUGUAACAUCUCGGCAUCUGGCUGGACGCUGCCUAUUUUUCUUCCCCACAUAACCAGGGACCAUCUGUGAAAUUCAUUUUCCAACUAGGUAGCUGCUCUGGGCAGAAUGAAUAUAAACAUGUCACUGAAAAUUUAUUAACCAGUUAAAUAAUUUAGCCAGUUAUGUACGCGUUAACCUGCAGUGUAAAAUCCACCUUUAAGUAUAAACAGAAUUUACCCAGUGGCAAAGUUUGUUUCUAAACUCCAUAUCUAUAAAGCUAGAAUAAAAGCAACUCUUUGCCAGCUACUCCACCCUUUCGGCCAAAUUCUCUUGAAUAAAGAACCUUCGGGGUCUGUUAAGAAAGAACUCUUGAUUCUCUUCAUACUCUUCUCUGCAGUGCUUUGUUGUAACAGCUCGGGUGCGCAUUUUCCUCGGCAUCCUUUUGCACUCAGCUUUUUACAGGUAGGUAGUGCUUAAGAGAAGUUACGGAGGACUAAAGCCUAAGUCCUUUCACUUUUCCUCCUUCUGAAGGUAGGUGAGUUUGGCCCCUUCAUAGUGACACCGUUUACCCGAGACUUCCUGUGGCACGUGGGCCUAGGAAGAGCUCGGCUCUUGUGUUCACCGUUAACAGGACAGGGAAACCAGACAGCCCCAGAAGCCUCAUCCGUAUCCAGUGUUGGACUUUUAAUUUUUUGGGUGCUCUUGGUGUGGUUCAUUAACGAUGCAGUUCAAGGGGGAAGGCUCCUCUGCGUCCUUCAGCUAAGGCCGAGGGUGCUUGCUGGUUUGUAAUACCUAAGUACUUGAGGUUCUUUUGUUUUUCUUGUUAAAAUUCUUCGGGGAGAGAGAAGGGAUGGUUUCUGAGGGGUUCUGGAAAGUAUGGUUGAAUGUGCAACAUACAGGUAGGUUGUCAGCCUAAGCUGAAAUAUGUGCAUGUAAGAACUUUGACAUGUCCCCCGCAACCCCCCCUGCGCUUUCUUCUUCCUUUACUUCUCUUUUUUUUCCCCGCUUCUUAGAGAGUUGAGGCCAAGGGAGGAUGGAUGGUAGGCACAGGAAAACUUGGGCAGAACUGCUCUGUGCUUUCAAACCAAAGUGCCCCCCGCCACGGAAGAUUUCUGUCUGAGCACUGACUGUCUCUGCGUCAGAAUUGUGAUUAUUUUUAAACAACAGGUGCCACCAUAAGGGGUGUCCUGUUCACUCUCCUGCAGGUCUAAAGCGUCCCGUUGUGGGAAAGGGCUCUGGGCCAGCAAGUGGCAUUUGGUCUGCUGCUUGCUUCCCUUUUCCCCACCAGGGGUGUUGUGGUCAUAAAGUCAAAAUAACCGCAUAUCCCAAAUUGCAAAAGCUCUUGUGGCUUGAGCGCAGCCGAAAUCUAGCCGAGUUUUUCCUACACGGCUUUAGAGAACUCUUCUGCCUCUGCGUCUGUCUCCCGUAGCGUAGGCUCUGCCUUUGCUUCAGAACCUGAGCAGAAGAGGCCGCCUGUGAGGCCAGAUCCUGCGGCCAUGGUUGAAACUUAUUUAGGGGAAGGAUUUCACUAUUAAGCUGUGGGGCUGCUUCUCCCCAGUUCCUCCCUGACUAUUCAUUGCGUGGACUUCUCUCGUCUAAAAGGUUGGUGGCUUUUGCUUGGGAUCAGUGCUCUCUAUUCAUGUCCUUGCUGGUCUCUGAACACAUUCCUGUUGCAUUAAGACUUGAAAGAUUUGUAGAUGUGUGAUGUCCAGGCACAGGAUGCUAAGAGCUAUGUUACUAUUCUUAGUUUGUAAAUUGUCCUUUUGAUACCAUCUUGUUUUCUUUUGUAGGUAUAAAUAAAACACUGUUGACAAUAA